AUGGCGCCGUCAAGAAAAGCCUCGCAUGCAGGCAGCUGGUACUCCUCCUCGCCUUCGCAGCUGCGCACGCAACUCACAUCCUGGCUCUCCGCAGUACCCACUACGCUCCCCUCUCCACUCUCUGUCUGCCAACCUUCCCCUUCCUCGUCUCCUCUCACGCUACCGAUCCCGGGCAGUCGAGCGAUCAUCGCCCCGCACGCGGGCUACUCCUACUCCGGUCCCGCCGCCGCCUACGCCUACUCGACCAUCGACACCUCCACCAUUUCGACGGUCUUCAUCCUCGGACCAUCGCACCACGUCUAUCUGGACGGAUGCGCGCUCACUGCCUGUCACUCCUACGAGACGCCGCUCGGCCAUCUGCCCGUCGAUCGUGCGCUCACCGCCGAGCUCGCCGCCACCGGCAAAUUUUCCACAAUGACCCAGCAGGAAGACGAAGAUGAACACUCGCUCGAGCUUCACCUGCCCUACAUCCGACAUGUUUUUCCAUCGCAUAUCAAGAUCGUUCCUAUCCUGGUUGGCGCAAUCAACACGGCGAAGGAACAAGAGUACGGCAAGGUGUUGGCGAAGUAUCUGGCGGAUGAAAAAUGCUUCUUUGUGGUCUCGAGCGAUUUUUGUCAUUGGGGUAGCCGGUUUAGGUAUACACUCUACAGGCCGAUUUCGGGCCCGCCGAUCAGCCUGACAAGUAGAAAUGCGAGGGAGGCGACGCAGGGAAAGGAGAUCCAUCAGAGCAUCCGCGAGCUCGAUGAGGCCGGCAUCCUGGCUAUCACCCACCCGUCGUGCCCCGCCGGCGAGAAGACGGCAGAACAGGCACGGGUCGAAUUUGCCGCCUAUCUUAGGGAGACCAAGAACACCGUCUGUGGAAGGCACCCCAUCGGCGUACUGCUUGCUGCCCUCGCGGAACUCGAAAGAGCAGGAACGGCGACAGAGUGCAGGUUCACCCGCUACGAGCAGUCGAGUGCCUGUCUCAGCGUCGCCGAUUCCAGUGUUAGCUAUGCUAGUGCCUUCGUUCGCGUUCGCGAGUAA